AUGAGUUUCCCAAUUUCUUGCAGCGCACAAGAAAGUGAAGAGCUAAACUCAGAUCAGACGGGAAGUCUCAAUGCAAGAACUAAUGAUUCAAGAAGUUCUGCAAGUGAUGCCAAAACGUCACAUUCUGAAUUUUCAGAUGUCAGUCAAGGCCAUGCCACGAGCCAGAUUUGUGGACGUAGCAACCCAACUGAGCCGUCUACGGAGAAUGUGGCUUUCGAAGAAGGUUCAAUUACCACCAACGAGGAGCCCGAGCGGACUGCCGGUCGUAGGAGGAAUGAUUUAGAACAACCUGGAGCUUACCAGUUAGUAGAUGGUCGACGACAUACUUCAGAAAGUUGGGAAAUGUCUACCCCCAUCCAUGGAAAUGAACUGGCCGGCACUAUAGCAGUUGAUGGACAGUUUGGUGAUGGAUCUUGCCCUGUCCAGGAGGAAGAUCCCAUCGCAGGUACGACGGCGAGUGCACAUGCGCGACAGUCAUUUCAAAUGGAUAAUGAUGAUGCUUCCUCGGGUCAUUCUAUCUGUAAUGGAGGAGAUGGAAAUGCUCUCCUUCAAGAGGACCAAGUUGAACAGGAUGACAGGAUGGAGAGACCGGAACAUCAGCCAUUUCUCCAGCAGGAAGGUGGUACACAGGUCAAUGGGUUAUGUGUACCUAUUCAGGAGACGGAACUGUGCAGAUCGCGUGAGUCAGGUACAUGCCAAACACGCGAUCAGGGUUGUGCCUCGAGUCAUUACUUGCAGGAGACGGAACAGCCAGCUGCAAGACAGCCAGGUGAACCUUCCGCCUUGCUAUAUUCUCAACAGCCUCGCGAUGAUGGCUCCGUUAAUGUAGUGAGCUCUUUGGGUCAGAUCGAACAGCCCAUUGAGCAUGCCUGUGAACGUCAGGAAAUAGGAACAUGGAUAGGACAAAUUGAUAGGCAAGUAUUACAUCAGUUGGAUCACUACCAUCAAAGGCCGUUAAGCUGAGGGGAGUGCUUUCUAGACUGGAACCAUAUCCGUGAUUUGCGCUUCAGUUUGAUGCCUUAAUUAUGAUCUUGGAGUAAAAUUAAUCGACACAAAUUUAAAUUCCCCUUAACAUACCUUCGUUUUGAAAUCGCAGAAGUAACCUGGGUUUUUAUUUUUUCAACUGCCAAAAUUUUCUUGAAAAAGAAAAAAACAAGAAAGGUGCUAUUGGUAAAUAACUUGCAGUGUAGUAAAACCUGAAAUUGGAUGGUUUUUGUUGUUGUGAGGUUCAUUGAAAAUUUUCGGAAAAACGAUGGGUUCAUUGAAAGAAUUAUCGGAUAGGUACGAGCAAAUACGAUUGCAAGGAUCAGCAGACAUUUCAAUAAUAAAUACGAAAAAGGCAAAAAUCCUCUGUCAUUCGCGCUAAAACCUUAUUUUGACGCAAAUGAUUAGCUUAUCCCUGGCUGUUAAACCUAUCUGCAUUUGAGCAAAAAACCCACCGGGAUGUUUUUGGUUUUAUUGAAUAUCCCUGGAUAGUCCGGUUGACAAAGCCAGCCGUUAAAACAAGGAAAGGCUGUCUUAAUUAUUUAUAUUUAUGGUAUCAAAGUCAUUAUCCUAAAAUGAUUUUAGUCAUUAGUUUUUAUGUCACGAAUAAAAAGGAAAUGGGAUCUGUUUCGUUUACCCUACAGUCUAUCGGGGUUUGUUUACAGGUCUGCUUCACAAAAAGCCGCAAGGAACAAACAAAAUCCUCGGGAAACUUAUUUCAUAGUGAAGUAUACGGAGGUUGGACAGCUUUGCCAGGUUGGCUAUCUUUUUCUUUCUAGUAUGUCAUUGCAGUUUUUAUAAUUUAUCUUGGGCACGAGGAUGCAACACUUUUUAAAGUAACAUUUCUUGCCAGUUUUGUUUAUUUCGUCUCAUUCCUACUUGAUUUUAAUAUUGUUAGGCCGGUGACAACGGAUUUGUACCAGCUGUUUUCAGUUCCGCCAUUGACUCCGAUAGCUUCGAAUAUAAGUUUGGGGUAAGGAUGUAUCCCAAUGGAGUUGGUGACGGAAGAGGCAGGUAUGUCGCCAUCUUUGUUCACGUCAUGAAGGGUGAACACGAUGACUUCUUAUCCUGGCCUUACUCUGGAAGAAUCACUUUGUCAGUUUUGGAUAGAAGUGGACACAGGCACAACGACAUCAGCCACACUUUGCAAGCUACACCAACCUUAGCUGCAUUUCAAAGGCCUCGGGAAGCCAUUUGCCCUAUGGGAUAUGGCUUUAUUUGCUUCGCAAGGAUCGAGCUAUUCUUUGGUCCUCAAUUUGUCAAAAACGAUGAACUGUUUUUGAAAAUUGAGUUUUCUACCAAAUGAAGAAACCAAAGCGAAAGUUUUAAUGUCCAUAGCGUUUCUAAGAAUGUUCAAGAGUAAAGAAGAAAACUUAGGAACAUAAGAAAGAAAAGUAGGUACAGGCUUCCUGCAGAAUAUAGGCCAAAUUUUGCUAGAAACAGGUCUUACUAUGACUAUGUUUUUAAAUUCAUAUUUUUCCAAAACAAAUGAUAACGAAAUUGUUACCUAUAUUUUGGAAGGGGUUUUUCUGAAUAGCCAAAGCAGUUUUCUAUCAUAGCAUGCCUCCAAGGCAACUAAUUUAGACAUAAAACAUGUAAAAUUGAGUAAUGGUUGUAACAGAAUAGAAAAUCCGACAAAACUAAUACUCUUGAUAUUCAGACUGGUAUCCAUAAGAAAAGUCAUGCCAACUUUGAGUGAUUGAACGCAUAUUGUCUGCCUAUGCCUAGCAGUGCAGACGCGGAAACUCGGCUAAGACAGUUUAAGACAGUGUAAGAGAAAAAGAAGCGAACAACGAUUGUAAGCGAACGUGCGUUAAGAUUGUGAGCGAACAGAAGGAAAUAAAGAACGUUAUACAGUCCUCAGAUUGUGAGUGGAAAUAAUUCGAACAAUGGUCUCAUUCUCAUCUUUACCGAUUAAUGGCAAUCUGAAGCCAAAUUGCUUAGAUUAAACACAAAAAUCAAUCAACGUUCUCAGCGAGUUAUAAGAGGGUCUGAAUGGGGUUUAGUGUUAAGUGUUAUUUGCCCAUAUUUUAUAGUGUUUACUGUUAAAUUAGCCAUUUUUUUAAUGUUUACUGUUCUUGAAAAAAAUACUGUUUAGUGUUUGAAAGGGGAUCCCAAAGUUCUUUUAGCAUUUUAAAAUUUCAUCUACUCUUUUAAAUUCUGCAAGAAAAUUUAGAAAAUCCCUCGCAAACAGUGAGCCAAAGCUGAAAUGCUCUUGUCUUCAUUCUGGGGAGUACUGGGACGAAUCAAUGUUUACGAAUGUAAAUGCUUAUAUUAAAAGCACAGUCGCUGAAGUAAGGCAGCACUAUAAAAUGGAAGAAAUGGCAGCAACAAAUGGCCCUGAAGGAACUAUUUCCAGCAAAACACAGGAGUCAAUAGAGACUACGGUCGGUUGGGACGGUUGGAAGCGUACACCGGGGGCCUGGGACCAGGACGGUGAAAGGGCGCGAAAAAUUUCACCUUAAGCUCGGGCAACAAGACAGAGGACGGUGAAGCCAAGAUGCGAGACUCACUCGUAAUUUCUUUCGCAGAGGGCGCAAUUAGUGAAGGAGAGUUUUUCUUUCUAUACGAAGAAAACGAAUCAGUGAAUCUUCUUUUAUCCGUAUUGGGAAUUUGAGCCAUUUUGGUUAGAAUUUACUGCCAUUUAUGAAAGGAUCAACAAGCUGAAAGAAAAGCGAACAGAACUUUCAAAACACUGUACCAGAAUGAUUUUUCCACACAAAAAAAGAAUUUCAUGUGAACGAAAUUAGUCCCAACAGUAGGAAAAUU